UAGCAUAAAUAGGAGUCCACGAGGAAGCUGAGCUGGUGUGUAAUGAUAGGGCAGCAGCCGCGCCUGCAACAGACUGACUGCCCCUGGAGCCGGUGCCGUGCCACACAGGUGCUCCGAGGAAUAAGAGGCAUAAUUAGAUAGCUGGGAAGGCUAAAACACACCUCUGGGGGUUCACCUGUGGACAUUAGAGUGCCGAGCCAGCCAGUGAAAGCAAAGGGGUAGCAGAGACUCAACAGUGAUCAGUCACCUCUAGAGAAACCAAAGUGGAAAGUUUUUGUUUUGUUCUGUUUUCCCUCUCUUUCACUGCCCUCCCCUGGUGUGACACUACCAUGGUCAGAAAGCCAGUUGUGGCCACCAUCUCCAAAGGAGGUUACCUGCAGGGCAAUGUGAGCGGGAAGCUGCCCCCCAUGGGGGGCCAAGAGCCACCAGGGCAGGAGAAGGUGGUUCUGAAAAAGAAGAUCACUUUGCUGAGGGGGGUCUCCAUCAUCAUCGGCACCGUCAUCGGAUCGGGCAUCUUCAUCUCCCCCAAGGGCAUACUCCAGAGCACGGGCAGCGUGGGCAUGUCCCUGGUUUUCUGGUCGGCCUGUGGAGUACUGUCCCUUUUUGGAGCCUUGUCCUAUGCCGAAUUGGGUACGAGCAUAAAGAAAUCUGGUGGUCAUUACACAUACAUUCUGGAGGUCUUUGGUCCUUUACUAGCUUUUGUCCGAGUCUGGGUGGAACUGCUCAUAAUACGGCCUGGAGCUACUGCUGUGAUAUCCCUGGCAUUUGGACGCUACAUUUUGGAACCGUUUUUUGUUCAAUGUGAAAUUCCUGAACUUGCAAUCAAGCUGGUAACAGCUGUGGGCAUCACUGUGGUGAUGGUCCUAAAUAGCAUGAGUGUCAGCUGGAGUGCCCGGAUCCAGAUUUUCCUAACCUUUUGCAAGCUCACAGCAAUUCUGAUAAUUAUAGUCCCUGGAGUUAUACAGCUAAUUAAAGGGCAAACACAGCACUUUGAAGAUGCAUUUUCAGGAAGAGAUGCAAAUCUAAUGGGGUUGCCCUUGGCUUUUUAUUAUGGGAUGUAUGCAUAUGCUGGUUGGUUUUACCUCAACUUUAUUACUGAAGAAGUAGAAAAUCCUGAAAAAACCAUCCCUCUUGCGAUCUGCAUUUCCAUGGUCAUUAUUACAGUUGGCUAUGUGCUAACAAAUGUGGCCUAUUUUACGACCAUCAGUGCUGAGGAGCUGUUACAAUCUAAUGCUGUGGCAGUGACCUUCUCUGAGCGGCUGCUGGGAAAUUUCUCAUUAGCCGUCCCGAUCUUUGUUGCCCUCUCCUGCUUCGGCUCCAUGAACGGUGGCGUGUUCGCUGUCUCCAGGCUAUUCUAUGUCGCGUCUCGAGAAGGGCACCUUCCGGAAAUCCUCUCCAUGAUUCAUGUCCACAAGCACACUCCUCUGCCAGCUGUUCUUGUUUUGCAUCCUUUGACGAUGAUAAUGCUCUUCUCCGGAGACCUCUACAGUCUUCUGAAUUUCCUCAGUUUUGCCAGGUGGCUUUUUAUGGGGCUGGCAGUUGCUGGGCUGAUUUAUCUUCGAUACAAACGCCCAGAUAUGCAUCGUCCUUUCAAGGUGCCUCUGUUCAUCCCAGCGUUGUUUUCCUUCACCUGCCUCUUCAUGGUGGUUCUCUCCCUCUACUCGGACCCAUUUAGCACUGGGGUUGGCUUCCUCAUCACGUUGACUGGAGUCCCUGCAUAUUAUCUCUUCAUUAUAUGGGACAAGAAACCCAAGUGGUUCAGACAAUUAUCAGACAGAAUAACCAGAACAUUACAGAUAAUACUACAAGUUGUACCAGAAGACUCUAAAGAAUUAUGAACUUAAUACAUCAAAAUCUUGGCUAUCUGCCCAGGACUGAGAUACAGAAUGGAUCUUUAUUUCAAGAAAACACAACUUUGGUGAUGGACUAAAGGAACCGGUUAUUUCUAUUCAUAUCCUCUAAUGUAUUCAAACUAAUUUCUGAGCAGUUUACUGGUAACUCAAUGUAUUUGUAGGAAGCUAAUACGCAAGUCACAUAGUGAGGCAAGUGCAGUGUUGGAGUCUGGUGCUUACCCAUUGAGGUAAGGGAACAAGACAAGGGGCAUUGCCAACAGGGCUAGCCAGCAGGGCUAUCAUUCUCUGUAACAUUUCUUAUCAUGACUGAGAACCUUCAAAUAGAAGACCAAAGUGUUUUCUGUAUAUAGGGGGUCUGUAUACAUAGCUUUACCUACUGGGACACCUAUACUGUGAAAAGUAUUUUCUAUUUUUCUGGGAAAAAAUGUUAUUAUUACGGCAAAGGGGCCAGAAAUAACUAUAUUUUACAUAGACCUUGGAUUGUUUUCCUUUGGUGACCAACAUGGCUGUCACUUAUAUUUCAACGGCUUAUACUCAGAGCUUCAGAACAAAAGAUGGGGGAGUACUCUGUGUGUGUGUGUGUGUGUGUGUGUGUGUGUGUGUGUGUGUGUGU